AGUUUCUAAGUGGCAAAGAGCACAGGGAGAGAGGACUCUGCUGGAGCAGGAGACACCAGGAGAGUCUAGGUGGACAGCUGACUUUCACCUUUGCAGAAGACAUGAAGACACAGUGCGCGUCUACCUGGCUCCUGGGCAUGACGUUGAUUCUCUGCUCAGUUCAUAUCUACAGUCUUAGGAGAUGUCUGAUUUCUGUGGACAUGCGCCUCAUAGAAAAGAGUUUCCACGAGAUCAAGAGAGCCAUGCAAACUAAGGACACCUUUAAAAAUGUCACCAUCCUGUCCCUGGAGAACCUCAGGAGCAUUAAGCCUGGAGAUGUGUGCUGCAUGACCAACAACCUGCUGACAUUCUACAGAGACAGGGUGUUCCAGGACCAUCAGGAGAGAAGCCUUGAGGUCUUAAGGAGAAUCAGCAGCAUUGCCAACUCUUUCCUCUGCGUGCAGAAAUCUCUGGAGCGAUGUCAGGUGCACAGACAAUGUAACUGCAGUCAGGAAGCCACCAAUGCAACUAGGAUCAUCCAUGACAACUACAAUCAGCUGGAGGUCUCAUCUGCUGCCCUUAAGUCUCUAGGAGAACUGAACAUACUUUUAGCCUGGAUUGACAGGAAUCAUCUGGAAACUCCUGCAGCCUGACACGAAACGCCUCGUCUGAUUAUCUAAAUAACGGACUGUGAGGGUUUUUUUUUUAAUUGUUGCUGUUUUAUUUUGUUUUUGUUUGUUUGUUUUGUGGUCAACAGCUACUUCUGAAGAAGAGAGAGACAUGGAAAGUUCACAUAAUUAUCUAGAAUGAGGGUCUUUUCUGGUAACUUGCUGAUGUGGAAGGAAUCCUCUCUUCUGGGCUUGGAGCCUUUCAGAAAAACAAUUGGGAUUUGAAUGGAUCUCAGCUCCUGGCUGAGGUCUCUGCUCUCUGAUCCCACCUGCAAUAGCUAAGUUGGCUGCUGUGGUAUUUAUAGCAAUAUGUGGCUGUUGAGAGAUCUCAGAUAUCAUAGGAGCAAUAGACAGCCCCUCUAACUUAUUGUAAAGCGGCUUCUUCCAGGCCUAUGCUGUGCACCUUGUGGUGUGCUGUAGUGCAUAUUGUACUGACUGACGUUUACGAAUAAACUGUGGUUUACCUAUGAGGAUGAA